AUGGCUGUUUUUCUCUUCCUAAUCUGCAUCUUUCUCAAUGAAGCAACUCUAAACCAAGCUUCUUUAGACCCCAACAUAACGGAAACAUCCUUCUCAUACCCCUCGUUCAAUGCUGAUAGUUGUAAUACUACCCUGCUAUGUAUGGGUUCAGUAACUGUUGGAGACAGCCGCUUAAAACUUACAAGAGAACCACUACCCGGCAAUUUGACACAACCGGUGCUGACGGACCAGAUUGGCAGGGUUCUAUUCCAUCAGCCUGUGUUUGCAUGGCCUGCGUAUAUCACUACAACAUUCACAAUCAGAAUUUUUGCCUAUUCCAAUUCAACCGUCUCUGGAGAUGGAAUGACAUUUAUUAUGGCUCAGAAUAAUAGUCCUUCUCCACCUAAUAGCAAAGGCUCAUAUCUUGGAAUCAUGGAUAAGUCAACAGAAGGUGGUGUUACUCGACAAAUAGCUGUGGAGCUUGACACUUACGCGAAUGAAUUCGAUCCAGAUGGAAAUCAUAUUGGCAUUGAUACAACAAGCAUAACAAAUCCAGUAGCAGCUAAGAGUCUCAACAGCACAGGCAUUUACCUUACAAGUGGAAGAGAUAUAACGGUUCAAAUUAAUUAUGACAGCUCCACAAAGCUGCUCCAAAUAUUUGUUGCAUAUGCAGGGAAUCCACUAAUGAGUUUCCUGAAUCAGUCUAUUGACAUGUCAACAUGGGUUCCGAAUUCUGUUUAUGUAGGCUUCACCGCUGCUACGGGGCCUUUCUCAGAGAAUCAUGAGGUUCUGAAUUGGACUUUCCAAUCAACUCCAUUGGCAGACUUCAAGAAAGCUCUUGAGAGAGAACAUAGAAAAAGGAUCAUCUUAAUUGUUGGGAUUGUCGCGGCAGGAUUGGCGUUACUGACACUAUGCACUUUACCACCAGCUCUAAGGGAUUUAGGGAAGAGAAAAGAGAGGAGUAAAAGGAGAGCUGAUAUUGAAAGCCGGUCAAUGAGAGCAGCAAAUGCACCUAAAAUGUUUACAUAUAGACAACUCUCAAAGGCUACUCGCAAAUUCAGCAAAGAAAACCUGUUAGGAACUGGUGGAUUUGGAAGUGUUUACAAAGGUGUCAUUUCUUCAGAUCCUCCUACGAUCUUAGCAGUGAAAAAGAUCUCAGCAACUUCAAGACAAGGUGAAAAGGAGUAUUUGGCAGAAAUAUGCACCAUAGGGCGUAUGCGGCACAAGAACAUAGUGCAGCUCCAAGGCUGGUGCCACAAGCGCGAGCAACUUCUAUUAGUUUAUGAAUACAUGCCCAACGGCAGCCUUGAUUGCUACAUCGGCAAGCGAUUUCUUGACUGGAACACUAGGUACAAAAUAUUAACAGGCCUAGCAUCAGCAUUACUUUACCUCCAUGAGCAGUGUGGCCAUCCUAUAAUUCACCGAGACGUUAAGCCAAAUAACGUAAUGUUAGAUUCCGAUUUCAAUGCCCAUUUAGGUGAUUUUGGCCUUGCAAGAUUGCUACAAAGCAAUUCUGCAGUUACAACGAUGCUUGCUGGCACUCCAGGAUACUUGGCUCCUGAAGUAGCCUACACUGGAAAGGUUACCCCAGAAUCUGAUGUCUACAGCUUCGGUAUGGUUGUAAUAGAAGUUGUGACAGGAAAACGGUCCAAGGGUAUUUUCGAAGAAAAUAGUUUACUAGAUUACGUAUGGAGUUUACAUGGAAGAAAUGCAUUGCUUGAAGGUGUGGACAGAAUGCUAAAUGGCAAAUGUGAUCAGCAACAAGUGAAGAGGGCAUUGCUUGUUGGAAUUGCCUGCUUGCAUCCUGACACCAAGGGUCGUCCAACUAUAAGAAAAGUUGAGCAAAUUUUCUUGAACCCCAACGAGCCUCUAAUGGAGGUGCCAGAAUCGCGGCCGAAUGCAAUUUUUGUGCCAAUAUCUUCCUCUGCUUCAACCAUAAGGUCUAAAACUGAUUUUGGGUCUAAAAGUGACAAUGCCUUGUUGCAGUCAGCCCCUGAAGAGAUGGUGCCUGAUGAGAUUACUGUCCACCAUGAAGAUUGUGACAUAUCAAAUUGA